AGCAUCCCCUGCACGGAGACAAAAGCCCCCCAGGGCUCCUUCGCUUGCUGGAGCGCCGAGGGACGGUUGGCUCGGCUUCCCGGCGCGCCGCGAGCGAGCGAGCGAGGUCGCAGGUGAAAACGGAGCCCUGCACCUGGCCUAGCGGUUCAGAGAGAUACGGACAACCUGCCCAGUGUCAGUCGGUGCGAAGAUGGAUGACAAUGGCGCUGCUGGCGGAGACCCAGCUCCACGGCUGAAUGGCGUGGCAACGGCCAGUAAAGGAGCCCGGGCUGCCUGUCCACCUGCAGCAAAGCAAACACCCAGCAGGAGCCCUCGGGCUCCAGGGCAAGUCUCUGGCAGGAAGCAGCCAGGAGCCCCUACAAGUCGUCCUCCUACAGUUCCUUGCGGCGCCCCCAGAAUGCUCAGCAAUGGAGCAGCCAGGAAGCCGCCCGUGUUGCAGACGAAGCAGCCAGUGGCCAAGGCCAGUGCUGCCACCAACUUGUCUGCUAAGGGGGCAGUGAAAAAGGUCAUGGGGGACAGACCCAGCGGGCCAAAGACUUCAGAAAGGAUCGGUCAGGAGAAGGAGGUGCAGCAGAAACCCACAAAAGUGGAAACGCAGGUGACGGCUUCAGCACCAAAGGCAACUUCCACGAAAGUCAAGAAACCCGAACAGACAAAGCCCCCCAGGUAUGGAACGGAGGAGCACAGGGAGCUAACUUGGUUGCCAGGGACCAAGAAUUCAACUGCAUCAGCCCUAAACAGACCACCAGCCAAUAGCACCGCAGCCAACGGCAAAGGUGUGGGGAAACCUAAGCAGGCAGUGCCAGCUGCUGGUCAAGCUGUAGUAGUGCAGCAGAAAAGCAGUCCGGCUACACCAAGAGAUGCUUCCAGAGCUGUCCCGACCUCAAAGGCCAAGCCUUCAAGAUCAAACCCUGCUGUGAAGAUGCCGCCUGCCCCCUCCAGGCACCCCAAACUCCCAAGCUCCAAAUCUCAGUCCGAGCAAAACCUCGGGCAAAGGAAUGCGGCCGCCCUUCCGAAUACCAAGCUUUCGUCGAAGAAGUUCUCUGAGUCCGCUAAGCCCAGAACUCCUGCCAAGGCGGCUGGUGGGACUUCGCAUCCGCCCACGCCACAAAGAGCUGCUGCCUCUGCUUCCAAGGCUUCUCCUGCCGGGGGCAGUCCAGGCAAGAAGCUCCCCAAGAAAGAUGCCCUUCCUAGCCAAGAGCAGGCCCCCUCCGCAAAGAAGGUCCAGAAGGCCAAGGCAGGGCAUGCCAUGGUGGGCACCGGUGAAGCAGAAAGCAUCUCCAUAGAGGAGGCAGGGCCCAUAGAACAAUUAGACCAUGCAGCAGAGGUAGAGACUGUUUCCUUGCUAGACUCCCAAGAGGCAGUGUCUGAGACCUGCAGGGUGGAAGCCGUGGCAACUGAGCACUUGGAGCCAGGGGGCUUGGAAGGGGAAGACUGGGCUGCAUAUCGCAGCAUGAAAGUGCUAACUCCAGCCGCUCUUGAGGCACCCCUGUCCUCGCUUGAUCAACAAGAUGUGACGGUCUCUUCCUCUCCCACCGAGAUGCAUCCAGCGGUCCUUGUCACACCUUUGGCUUUGUCCACUCCAGAUGAUGUGAAGGACUCUUCCUCUCCAACUGAGAUGCAUCCAGCAGUCCUUGUGGCGCCUCUGGCUUCAUCUAGCCCACAAGAUGGGACGGUCUCUUCCUCUCCCACCGAGACGCAUCCAGCAGUCCUCGAGGCACCUCGGGUCUCUCUGCCUCCGCAAGACGUGAAUCACGACGAGAUACAUGAUUUGGCCGCCUCUGAGGUCCUGAACGUCCCUGGUGACGAAAUACUGGGCUUGCAGACAGAUUGCGCUUAUGAACCAUCCCUUCCUGUUGAUUCAGGGCUUGCUUCCCAAACUUCAACACUGGAAUCUUCCCAGACUAGGCAGGCAGGCACAGACUCUGAGUACUUAGAGGAGCAAGUCUUUCCGCGCCUUGAUGUUCCAGUGGCUGUUGAGCAGCCGCACUUACUGCUUGAGGCGGAAGAGCCUUGUGAAGGCAUAAGCCACCUCUCGUCACCUGGCACCCAGGUGUCCACUGGGGAAGAUGUCCCCAUGCCAAGCUGUGUAGAAGGAUUUCAUUCUCCUGGGUCCUUGGUUCCAGAUUUUGGGUUGCUUGAAGAGGCCCAAACUGCCAAACCUCUGGCACAGACAGCAGAGGCACCGGAGGUGUCUGUCCUCACAGCAGAGCAGCCCUCCUCGUUCAGCCAGGCAGGUCCUCCCCUGGAAACUAUGGCAGAGCCUUGGGCAACCGAACAUGAAGUGGAUGAGGUCCUAAGCCUGCCUUGUAGCCCAGAGGUGGAGCGGCAGGUGGACAGGGCCCCACUGGAGGCAGAGACUGAGAGGCUGAGGAGGAGCCCGCUAGAGCUUGCAGCUCAAUGUCGUGACGUAACACAGGAAGUGGUCACUUCUCCACAGGCUGAGAAGCCACACGCAGCUGCCAUUUAUACCGAAGAUGAACUCCUGGAGCCUCCGCAUGCAGCAGAACCUUCUGUAAUCGGCGAGUUUGUUCAGGACCAGGCCCCAGUCUCUCUCCAGACCCCUGAAAGCUUGCUUCCCACAGAAUUUGCUGGAGAGCCUCCUGUAGCCCACAGCGACCCGUGCAGUUGUUUGGGUGGACAUCCCGUAAUUGGAGGCCCUGUGGAUGAUGAUGGUGGUGGUGGUGAUGAUCCAGUGCUCCUGGAAAUGUGUGUGGGUAACCUGAACCGAGAGGAGGCUCCUGCAGGGGAAGCUCCAGGCUUCCGGCCCCAUCUCUCAGGGGAGCUCUCUCCGAGCGGUGUGGCUCAGGUGUUGGUGCACAAACCCCAGACCCUGCCCCUGAAGAGCCUUGGGCUGCUGCAGGAGCCUCCUGCCCAGCUCCCUGAGCUCCCAGACUUGCUGCUGAGUAGCACAGUGCUGACCACAAGCCAGUCCCCAGAAAGGGGAGGCUCCUCUUCAAAGUCCAGCACUUUAAGCGGACCCGAUUUGGCAGGCAAGAGUAGCAGCGAGACCAGCACCCCCGAGGAACUGCUGGACUAUGACAGUAGCUCCGGGGUGGAGUCCAAGUCGGAGGAGAAACUGGAGCAGACCUGCCACCAGCUCCUGAGCCCCCUGGAGGACCUGCCUGGCGAGCUGGACCUGGGCAUCCACAUGGAGAAGGGAGACGAUGAGGCGGAGACCCUGCCUGCUGACGAAGUCCUUGGCGACCCGCCCACUGAGCCCACCGUGUCCUCCGAGGAGGAAGCCGAGCUGGACGCUGACCUCCUGAAGGACCCGGGCUUCGCCAAAACAGCCGUGUGCCUGUCGACUUCUUUCCCGGGCAAGCCGUCCUUGCCCCACUCCGUGGAGGAGUCUGACGAGCCGGGCUCCGGCGACGCUGGCACCGAGACCCCGGCCUCCACCAACUCUGCUGCCUCUUGCGACGUCUUUGGCGCCUUCCACCUCCACUCCACCGACAGCUGUGGGAAGAGCCCUGGCCUCUCUUCCCUCGAGAGCGAAGAGGGCAGCAAGGACCAGCUCCCCAAAGAGACCGGCAGCAAGGCCCCCGUGGAUUGGGAGCAGCACUCCUUGCAGGCCUCGCCAGCCCCCCAGAAGACGCCUGGAGGGCAGGGGGAAGAGGCAUCCCAGCCUUUCACUGCCACUUAUAGCUUGGCUGCAGGUGACAAUGGGGCUGGCCUGCCCUUCCCCUGGGGACCCUGUCCGUCAGAGAUCCUCUCCACUAUCUAUGAAGUGGAAAGUGGCGCUGAGACUCCCGGCCCGGACGAAGAGGACGGGAGCCGCCAUUUGCGCGCUGCGUCCCGAGACCAGGCUCUUCACCUAGGAAGCAUCCAGGCCACAAUGGUGCAGCAGCUGAUCAGCCGGACGCUGCUCUUCUCAGCGGAGGCCCCUUCCGGGGCAGCUGGUGGGAAGGGGGCGCUGAGCAGCGAAGCAGAGAUUGGCAAGUGGACCGAACUGAUCUCUCCUCUGGAUGAAUCGCGCGCCAGCAUCACUUCUGUGACGAGCUUCUCCCCAGAGGACAUGUCAUCCCCGCACGGGGACUGGACUGUGGUGGAGGUGGAGACCUUCCACUGAAUUUGUUUCCUUGGAAAUGGAAAGUUUCCCUUGGGCAUUUUGACUUGUUUCCCCCCAACACCCUUCCCCCCCAACACCCUUCCCCUUAGGUACGAUCCAGCCGUUCCUGUAGGGACUUCAGAAUCUAGUGUUAGCCAACUGCGGGAGUGUUCCUCCUCCCAUUCUCCUGAUCUCUUGGGCAGCUAAUGAGAAACACUAUCUGAGAUGAUGGCUCUAUUGGCUUUUACCGUAGCUUAGCCACUGUUUUUGCCACUUGCCAGAAAGUGCAAAUUCACUUUUGAGCUGCUUUUAGCUCACUGGACCCCGUCUACAUUUUGUUUGGGUUUUCAGUGAUAUGGGGCAGCUUCUAUACUUGAGAUACUCCUGCGCAACUUCGCCUGGUAAGUGCUGGGGGGGGCCACACCCCUCUGCUUUUGGUUGACAUAGCAAUACUUUCUCUACUUGGCUGGGGGCUGCCCCCAGCCGUAGAUAAGCAACUGUCUGAUACAGCUACUGAUGUGGCCUUGGAGUUCCACAUGGAUUUAUUGGCAAUUAAUGGCUACAGAAGCUGGCAGACCUUUGCUAGGUUGGCAGAAAGUGUUCACGUGCCUCAUUUCUCAUAGCUGACUACAGAUACAGGGAACCCUUCUAAAGCAAACUGCUUGCUCUUGGGAGAAAGGCGUUUCUACCUCUUUCCCCUGAAAGAGCAACACAUGAAAUUACCCCUCCAAUGACAUAAAGGGGGGGGGAGCAUCUACAAGUGAGGAGGAACUGCUCUGUCUUUAGCCAUUUCUGUACUUCUCAGGAGCGGGUCAUGCCCCAAGUUUCAAAGUAUUUGGUGGGAGGGCUUGUGCUGGUACGUGGUUUGCCAUCUAAGUGCCCGUCAACAUAGACAUCUGUACCCUGUCCAGGGGAAAGGAUAAUGAGAAUCUCUUUGGGAAUUGUUCUGCUUGGGAAUUGUUUGGUACAGAGUGUCUUCUUCCUGGGAGCUUGAACCCAAAGUUCAGCAGUAUAGAGAAGUGGACAAGAUUGCAAUGCCAAUGCCUGUGCUAUCCUGUCUCAGUAUUGGCACAACAGUAGCAACCUGCAGGUUUCCUAUGGUGCUUUGCAGGGAUAGCUGUGCCAUGCCCAGGGACUUCCUUUCUUUCAUGAUAGACAAAUGCAACUGGCACUUUUUACUGUGGGACUCCGCUGUAACAGACUUUAAUGGCGAUGAAACACUGCAUCUUUUUUUCUAGUAAAGGCCUCCUAGCAUUUGCUGGUAUUAAGUGGGACAAAAUUACUGCCAGUACCCCACAUGCCAGUUGUGGGAUACAAUGUCCCAUCACAGGGAUUUUAGAAAUAAAAAAAAUUCUCCUUCACCUCCGCAUACUUGGGCACGUAGCACAGGACCACUUGCUAGAGAAACUCCUGAGCAGUGCAAAGGUAGGAAUGCCUUUGAGGCAUUACUUUCCUCCAUUUCUGCCUGCUACAAUGGAGAUGGCAGAAUUUAGGAUUCUUGAGUCAAUUACCUUGAGAGAUUAGUGCUGCUAGGAAAAUGUUACAUGAGAUGGAGAAGAUUGUUUUCUAGGUAGGGACAAGGCGUCCAUGUUGGUUAGCCCUGCCUUGCUUGUGGGGCUGAAAGUGCCCAGGCAUUACAAAUUGCUAUGGUGGAAGUAGCCCAACUGUGAAACCUAUCAUCUGCAUGACAAUAUGGUCCUUCUCUUCCAUGCAUUCAGAAAUGGUUUUCCUCUUGGUAACUCUUGUCCAUGCAGCUACGUGUGCCUUGAAUGCAGGGUUUGGGGAGUAUCUCUUAAAACUCGAUGGAACUGUAGCUUUGUGUAGUGAUAUCAUUGGAAAUGGAGCCUUAUUAACUGUAACAAGGUGUGUGGUUUCCCGCCCCCCUCCUGAAGUUUGCAUGUGUGUGACUGCUUUUGUAAUGUAGCACAUUGUUGGUGAUAAAUUAUGAUAGAUUUUUCUUAGUUUCUUAAAAUAAAGAUGAACUUGAGUUUC